AUGUCAAAGCUUAAACACUUGAGAGUUUUGUCAUUUCAUUCAUUCAAAGGGCUUGAUACAUUGCCUGAUUCAAUAGGUGAAUUGACCUUCCUUCGUUACUUGGAUCUUUCUGAAACAAGUAUAAGGAUAUUGCUGAAAUCGUUUAACUUGUUUGAGAGAAAUGCCAAGGGAAAUGAGCAAAUUGAAGAAUUACACAUUUUAAACCUCUUUCCUGUAGGUAAGCAAGAAGACAAUGGAAUCAAAGAGUUAGGACGUCUUUUAAAUCUUCAUGGAUCACUUGAGAUUAAGAAAUUGGAGAAUGUUGUUGAUGUGAAAGAUGCAAGGAGUGCAAGGAUAAUAGAGAAGAAGCACCUUGAGCAGUUAGCCUUAGAAUGGUCUUCAGGUGAUGAUAUGGUUUCAAACACUCAAACAGAAAGAGAUAUACUGGACAGCUUGCAACCGCACACUACCUUGAAAGUAGUUGAAGAUUGUCCCAAGUUGGAGAAUAUGGCAGGGGAGAAGCUGCCUUCCUCUUUAUUACAGCUUCAAAUUAAAAAAUGUCCUUUGCUUGCAGAACAUUGCAAGAAGAAGCAUGAACAAAUUUGGCCCAAAAUUUCCUACAUCCCCACUAUUUAA